ACGGCUUCCGCAAGGUGGUGCACAUCGAGCAGGGGGGGCUGGUGAAGCCGGAGAAGGACGACACGGAAUUCCAGCACCCCUACUUCAUCCGGGGCCAGGAGCACCUCCUGGAGAACAUCAAGAGGAAGGUCACCAGCGUGUCUGGCAUCAAGCACGAGGACAUCAAGGUGCGGCAGGACAACGUCACCAAGCUGCUGACGGACAUCCAGGUGAUGAAGGGCAAGCAGGAGAGCAUGGACUCCAAGCUGGUGGCCAUGAAGCACGAGAACGAGGCGCUGUGGAGGGAGGUGGCCAGCCUGAGGCAGAAACACGCCCAGCAGCAGAAGGUGGUCAACAAGCUCAUCCAGUUCCUGAUUUCCCUGGUGCAAUCCAACCGAAUUCUGGGGGUCAAGAGGAAGAUCCCCCUGAUGUUGAACGACAGCGGUUCAGCACAUUCCAUGCCCAAGUACAGCCGCCAGUAUUCCCUGGAGCACGUCCAUGGAUCAUCCCCCUACGCAGCCUCCUCCCCCGCCUACAGCGGCUCCAACCUGUAUUCCCCGGAUUCCUCGGCCAAUUCCGGCCCCAUCAUCUCCGACGUCACCGAGCUGGCCCCGUCCAGCCCCUCGGCCUCUCCCAGCGGGAGCCUGGACGGAAGGAGCAGCCCGUCGGUGCGGAUCAAGGAGGAGCCGCCCAGCCCCGAGCGGAGCCCACGGGUGGAGGAGCCGGGCGUGGGGGGCGCGGGGGGCGCGGGGGGCGCGGGGGGCGCGGGGGGCACGGCCGAGACGCCGCUGUCGCCCUCCACCUUCAUCGACGCCAUCCUGCGGGACAGCGACCCCCCCGCGCCCGCCGACGGCCCCGCCGCGCCCCCCGCCCACGACAAGUGCCUCAGCGUCGCCUGCCUCGACAA